AGUCUUGACAACUCGGCAGGCAACACAGUGUCCUCCGGAAAGAGCAGACCUUCAGGCCAGCCUUGAAGUUCAUGCCAAAGCCACUGUAAUCACACGGUCGACAUGACGCUAGACAUACAUGGAUGCUACAGGCAAAAGCUCUAGGUUCAGUUGGGAAAUCGAUUCCCGCGGCCAAUCCUGACCUCGCUCGCAUUUUGCCGUCGAGGCCCGGGCAUUUCUCGGUUCCAGUGUCUUGUCUCUUCCACCGCUCUUGGCCCAAACAUUUCCCAGGCUUUUUGCUGACAAUAGACACGGAGAGUAUGCCCUGUCGGGCUAGUGUCGAUCUAAUGCGAUUGAAUGAAACACCAUCACAGCUCGAACGCCUGUCGCCAGUUGGACUGGACCCCUUGUUAACACAGAUAUGGGGGCCCCCCGGUUAUCCUGGCCUGCUUUGUGCGCAGGAUGUGGGAAUGGAUGACGCUUCAGAUAUCCAGCUAGCCAUUUCUGGUUUACUGUUUCGCAGUUUUCGGUCCUGCUGCCAUUUGCUCGACCGGGUUGCUGGACGCUGUCCCCAAUUCAACAUUUCACGGAUUUCUGCCUGUGACCGGGACAGACGCUCACCCUCCACCUGGUUCUACACCUCUUAGACGUUCCUCAUACGGCCCAGAGGUCUCUGAACGGUCCGCCUCUCAGAGUGACAGGGGCCACA